AACACCGUGUGGGGUGUCGCACGUUCGUAACUUAUUCCGAAUGACGAUGGUCAUCAUCAUCAUCAGCUGAUGCGUGCGAGGGAACUCUGUUCGGUGUAUCUUUUAUCAGGCUGAGUAGGACCAAGCAGAAGCAUUAGUACCGUACCCGGUUUCAGUUGCAUCAGACGAGUGUGCUCUCACCGUUCACAAACACCCGAUUGUGUUGUGUGCAGUUCCAGUAAAAGCUCCUUGAGGAGUUCGAAGGAACGAGUGCAUCGGUUCUGUACCUCAUAUUUUGUCCCUGCUGCAUAAAGUGUCUUGGAUUCAUCGAUUGCAUGAUCGAGGAUGCAACAAUGGCUAAAGAUUUCGUUGCUAGUUUGCACAUUUGGAUUUCUGAAAGAGAUACGACCCAGCGAACCGUUCAUCGUUGAUUAUCUUGCAGGACCAUGGCGCAAUCUAACGAUGGAUCAGAUCAUACAGGAAGCGUUCCCGAUCGGUACUUACUCCUAUCUAGCUCAGCUUGCCGUCAUCUUCCUGGUAACCGAUUUUCUACGCUACAAACCGAUCAUCAUCGUAAACGGGGCAGCCGGCAUCAUCGUGUGGAGCAUGCUAACCUGGACCACAUCGCUGAAUGCGCUCAAGGUGCUAGAAAUAUUCUACGGCACGUAUUGUGCAGCCGAGGUAGCAUACUUCAGCUACAUCUACGCCAAAGUUGACCGAGAACAUUAUCAAAAAGUGACCUCCCAUACACGGGCAGCCAUUUACAGUGGUCGUUUCUUUGCCGCCAGCUUGGCCCAACUGCUGGUGUAUUUCGAGGCUAUGGAUUAUCGUCAGCUUAAUUAUCUGUCACUAGCAGCACAGAUCAGUGCUACGGUAUGGGCGCUCUUUCUACCAUCCGUUCCCACCAGCAUGUAUUUCCAUCGACGGACGUUAUCCGACGCGGGACCAGAUUCUCCCCCAGUACAAUGCACCAUGACAGACAGGGAAACAAAGAUGGUGGACGGCAGUGAAGAAGAUCGUUCGGAUGAUAGUAAACCACCGAUUGUGCCUACAGCAGCACGUCCAGUGCAAUCGUCUUUCCGAUCCCGUCUGAACGAAGCCUUCGUCCUGCUUUGGACACAUUUCCGUAUUUCGUUUACCAAUCGCAGUGUGCUCCAGUGGAGCAUAUGGUACGCACUGGCGAUGGCCGGAUAUAUCCAAAUUCUCGCCUACGUGCAAGCGCUCUGGAGCUCCAUUGAUGAAACGCAACCCGCCGUGUGGAAUGGUGCUGUGGAAGCUGCCGUAACCCUACUCGGUGCUAUCGUAUCACUGCUGGCUGGAUAUUUGCACAGCGGUUUCCUGAAACCACGCACGAGCCUUCUCUCGCUCGCAUUGCUUUCGUUUGCUGCGGGCGGGGCAAUGCUGCUGGCCACUAAUACCGGCAAUUUGAUUGUAUCCUACAGCGGUUACAUGAUUUUCUGUGUGCUGUACGCGUUUGCCAUCACCGUGGUAAGCGCAGAAAUUGCUAAAAACAUUUCAGACGAUUGCUUUGGGCUAGUGUUUGGUUUCAACACGCUUGUAGCAUUAUCGCUGCAAACGUUGCUCACGUUUUCGGUGACUGAUUCUGAUGGUUGGUUUGCGCUGGAUGUAUUCGGUCAGUUUACUGUUUUCAGUUGCUACUUCCUGGUACUUGGUGGCAUUUAUACAGCGUUUCUGGUAGCUGAGAUCAUUGGAAGCGUAAUCCGACGUUCUAGAUGAUAGUCCUAUUCGCUAGACCAGCACACCUAAUGAGGCUGAAGAAAUGUAACAAUUAGUACAAAUUAGUUAUCGAACCAUUUGCGGAUGAACAUCUCGCGAAUACGUACGGCAAUGUAUACCAAUACAAAGGAACAUUUAUUGGGAGGAAAAUUUUAUAAGACCGCCGACUACAGCCGCCGUGAUUUAGCCGCUACACACAGACACUUGCGUAACGGCUGUUCUCAUCUCUUUCGAAGAGAUGUACCUACACUUAUCAAUAGUUGGUUAGCGAUAUGGUGUCAUAUAUCGCCUUCGGAAGUCUUCUCUGUACGCUAUUAGUGUCCCCAUAGACAGGAGUCCAGACAACUUUUGGAUGAAUAAACACAAAAAACGUACUCAUAAUUA